CGACGUCAGACAUCCGGGAUUAUUUGGUACUCGGGCGUCGGUUAGGUCACGCGGAGAGCCGACCUUCACUUUUCUCUCACUUCACGCCAACCGAAGACACCAAACCUCAAUCCAACAAGUCGAGCCAAACGCAAAAGGGCUAAUAAUUACAACCGAACCAGCUGCUCGAGAAGACCCGACGAGUCGUUUUUCCUUCAUAUUUUGUACGUUCGAGCGGUUGGCGACGCCAUGGCGGCGCGGGCAGGAGCGCAGAGACCAAACGGUCCAUCACAGAACAAGAUCUGUCAGUUCAAACUCGUUCUAUUGGGUGAGUCGGCGGUGGGCAAGUCGAGUCUCGUGCUGAGGUUUGUGAAGGGUCAGUUUCAUGAGUAUCAAGAGUCGACGAUUGGAGCGGCUUUUCUCACGCAGACAGUCUGCUUAGAGGACACGACAGUGAAGUUUGAGAUCUGGGACACAGCAGGCCAAGAAAGGUAUCAUAGUCUGGCACCGAUGUACUACAGGGGAGCACAAGCAGCUAUCGUUGUUUAUGACGUCACAAAUCAGGAUACGUUCAGUCGUGCUAAGAACUGGGUGAAGGAACUGCAGCGUCAAGCUAGUCCUAAUAUUGUUAUAGCACUUGCUGGCAACAAGGCCGAUCUCAGCAACAAGCGGAUGGUAGAGUUUGAGGAAGCGCAAGCUUAUGCUGAAGACAAUGGAUUAUUGUUUAUGGAAACGUCUGCUAAAACAGCAAUGAAUGUCAACGAGAUUUUCCUGGAGAUUGCCAAGAAAUUGCCGAAGAGUGAUCCGGCCCAGCCUGGCAGGCCAAACCGCGCACCCGGUGGAGUGGAUUUGCAGCAAGAACAGAGCAAGGGUUCAGGUGGCUGCUGCAAGUAGCUGUCCCAGAUGUUUGUCCUAGUACACGAGUGUAUUAUAUCUUUCUUGAGCUUGAUGUACUUAGUAGUGAGGUGUUGGACACGACAGGAAUGUAAUGUUUAUUUAGAUGGUCGAUUUGUGUGGUAGCCGCAGAACCCUACAUUUCUUGGACUUCGUUUUUUUGUUGAUGUCUUGUUGGUUUGAUGUUAGGCUGUGUAUUUCGAUGUUCAAUAGACUCUGUGCUUAUAACUCA